AUGAGGGCAAAGAACGAUCCAUGGUUUGCAGAAUACUUGCUACGUAUUGGGGGAGGCUCUGAGGAGGCUAAUUGUAAUGGUGAAAUCCACCUUCCUGAUGAUAUAUGCAUACCACAGAAUGGAAAAGACGGUGAUCUUGAUAUGUUAAUUGACUGCAUAUUUCCUGCCCUCAAUGCCAAUAUGUCAGACAAGAGCUACAUCACCUCACGAGCAAUAUUAUCUGCGCGGAACGACUCUGUUGAUAUGAUUAACAUGAAGAUGAUAAGUCGUUUCCAAGGGGAUGAGAUGGUGUACCAUAGCUUUGAUAGUGCCGUGGAUGAUCCACACAACCACUACCCAUCUGAGUUCCUCAACACUUUGACCCCCAAUGGUCUUCCUCCACAUGUGUUAAAGCUUAAGAUUGGGUGUCCGAUCAUAUUGCUAAGGAACAUCGACCCUGCAGGUGGACUUUGCAAUGGAACCAGACUGGUGGUUCAAGGGUUCCAAAGAAAUAUUAUCGAUGCAGAAAUUAUGGUUGGAGACCAUGCCGGAAAGCGAAUCUUCCUACCACGGAUUCCGUUAUGUCCCUCGGAUGAUGAGAUGUUUCCAUUCCAGUUCAAGAGGAAGCAGUUUCCUAUUAGACUCAGUUUUGCCAUGACGAUUAACAAAGCACAGGGGCAGACUCUUCCCAAUGUUGGUGUGUAUUUGCCUGAACCAGUGUUCUCUCAUGGCCAGCUGUAUGUUGCGCUAUCUAGAGCCACUGCCAGAUUGAAUAUCAGGAUCCUUGCUGUCCUGCCCAGUGAUACGAAUGAUAAGAAAAAUAAUACAAAAAUAAAUGGUACAUACACAAAAAAUAUUGUCUACAAAGAGGUCCUCACUCUAUGA